CUCAAAACAAAAACCGAAGAAAAGAUUCUCUCCUGUUGUUUGCUAAAAUUUGUUGUACAAUGAACUAAAAUCCUACGCAAAAUAGUGUCCAUCAUCAAGUGCUCCGAAAAUGACCGUAUCGAACCGGAGAAUCCCCCGAUUAUCGGGUCACCGGGCACAUUUACCACCCCCGCAACAUUUCCAACAUCCCGCAGGUGGCUUGGGCGGUGUGGGAGCUGCCGGCUUAGGUGCUGCUGGGGUUAAUGCGGAAGACGGGGGCGGCAACUCCACCAUGAACGGCGACGAAGAUGUACAGUUUAGCUUUGGGACCCCGUUUCCGAAGCAUGUCCCAUUCCCAAACGUCGAGCACAGUUCGGAGCUGGUGAAUGAAUUUCUGAUCUUUGGAUUUACGAUCAUUGCCAGUGCGACGCAGUUCAUUCAUUUGUAUCGAACUGUAUGGUGGCUGCCAAAUUCCUACAACAGGCAGGCAGUGAACUUCUAUCUAAUCGAUUGGGACUUGGCAAUAUUCAUUUACGUAAUGGCCAGUCGGCGGUUGCUGUAUUGCUGCAUUCUGAAGUUAAUUGAUCUGAACUGCCCGGAAGCUUACGUAGAAAUCAGCAAGAAGAUAGCCAAGUACGUGUUCCUGGCUUGCGUCGUGAUCUCGUUCGUCGGGUGUGGAAUUCAAAUUUUCCAGAAAAACAGUUACCUCUAUUUGUUUUGCCUAUCGUAUCCAUUCGUUCUGUAUCUGACGAUUUUCGGCUUCAAUCUGGAACAAUUUCUGCGAACCAUUGUCGAUACGGAAGCGAACUGCAUCAAUGGAAUGCCGGUUCACAGCUGUUCGUCGAAUGCCAUUUCGGUCCGGGCCGAGAUCGAUGCACUGAAAACGGAUUUCAACAACCGAUUCAAGCAGAUCAUCUUCACGUCCGUACUGAAUGCGUACUAUUCGGGAUUCGUUCCGUGCGUGCUGGUUCCAAAGCAUCUAUACUACGACAUCUUUUGGGCAACGCAGCAUCUCGGAUUCAUCUUCAUCGGCGGGUUCACAAUGUGCGUAGCUUAUUGCUUUCCGGUCAAGUACUGCGAUGUUUUCCAUCGAGCAGCAUUGCAUUUGGGACAGUGGAAUCGAAUGACCCACCGGACGCACCAUCCACCGCCCUACGCAUGGUCCAAGUCGACUAUUUUCCCGUACGGAGCUUACGUGAGGCACAUGGGAGAAAUCUACCGAGCGUCUGGGUACUGCACGUCAGCAAUCCCCGCCAACAACAGUCAUAUUCGUUUCUUUGUCAUUUUUAAGAACCCAGCACUGAUCUAUCUGGUUCUGUUUGGCAUCCAGAUUGCCCUGGUCGCUUUUCAGCUGCUAAUCCUGUGCCUAUCGCGCGAAUGGCACAAUCUCAUCUCCAUCGCUUUCCUCCUGCUGGCCAACUAUUUUACGUUGUUCAAAAUUACGCGGGAUUACCUGAUUGCCAAGCGAAUCUACGCCGGCGAGAAUGCCAUCAACGAGAAGUUCAAGGCCCAGUGAAC